AUGGUGGUACCCCGGCCACCGAACGUCACGUUCGGGCGGAUCGUGCGUGCUGUUGCGCUGCAGCAGAUUGGAUAUGGCUUGUUCCUGAUCCUCGUGUUUGUCCCUGUCUACCUGGCCAAGUGUCCAAACUGGUGCAGCCAGCACGGCAUCUGCACCGGGCCUGGCGACGAUGCCUUCUGUAUAUGCGAGAUGGGCUUCCAGGGCGACGAUUGUGGAACGCGGUUGUGCCCUAAGGGCGACGAUCCUCUCACCACCGACCAGGCCGAUAGGGUCCUUCUUCUACGCACGACGGCGGAAGAAGGCCCCAUCAGCGGCGAGCUGACGGUCACGUUCAACGGAGAGUCAACGACUCUAAACGCCGACGCGCGUCAGACAGGGGACCUGGAGUGUGCCGCUGCUCUCCAGAUGCUGCCAAACAUCGACCGCGUAGGGUGUCAAAGAGGCGCCGUCAGCGAGUUCGGCGGUACAGACUAUGUCAUAUCACUCCUGAGGUUUCCCACCACACCCUGGGAAAACAACCUUUACGGACACUCUGGAAACCCUGCUUUGGAGGCUUUCUCGUGCAAUAUAUCGAGCGAAGCGGAUUCCGCCGCUUCGUCUUCGUGCGAGCUCAUCGACAUGGUCACCGAGAAUGUCAAAGAGUACAUGGAGUGCUCAGGACACGGAAGGUGUGUGAGAGAGACGGGCCGUUGUGAGUGCACUUUCGGUUUCGGCGGAGAGGCCUGCGACGACAUCUCUGACUCGGACGACGCGCAGGUAAUCCUGGCGGAGGGCCCGUUUUUUACGGGAGCUACUCUCAAGCUUAGGGCCAACCGGGGGCUCAGCACCGACUACGACCUCGUCAGGGCUAUUGCUGGACGACACGACGUCAUGACGCUUACUGGUGCGGGCGAUCUAGUCCUUCACGAAGGUUCUUUGCACAUUCAGCCCCCGGCGUCAAUCUACCCGGGAUAUGACCCCGCGGGGACCGGUACAACCUUCCCCGCCGAGGAGCACCCCCAGUGGAACACUAAACGCCCGCCAAAGGCCUUGACCGUUUCGGGUGGUUCUCUCAACGUACGUGGCGGAGGGGCAGAGGUCCUGUCUACUCGUGAAAACGCCCCUGGGCUUCUGGUCUCAGUCGGUCCUUUUGAUUGGGAUGAUCUAGAGGAAGAAGGGGGCAAUGGGGCGUUCCACGGAAACGGUACCGACAGGCGGGACGAGGAACAGGCGUUUUCGUACGCCGGAGCAGCCUUGGCGGUGAACGUUCGGGAGUCGGGCCCGGGCACGGGAGCGAAAAGUUUCCGACUCCUUGAGCUAUCGGUCGGAGGAGAGGGUGCUAGCGAGGAAGAAAACAGCGGCGGCCAGAAACAGGUUUUGCUUUCGGUGGGCGGCGACGGAAGGGUGCUAAUGACCGGCGGAGGUGGUGUCCUUCUCGAGGAGGGAGACCUGGAGGUUUCUGGGGGUGGUGCUACGUUCAAGGGGGAUGUCUUGGUGGGGAGCGGCCUUGGCGUCGGCGAUGGGGGGAUUUCUGUUUCCAGCGGUGGAAGCGUGGGCGUGACAGAUGGUCGACUCGAGGUCUCCACGACAUCAUCUGCUACACCGGGGCCGGCAGGAGAGGCCUGGGUUGUGACGGCAGCUCGCGCACGCUGUUCCUGGCAACUGCCAUAUGUAUUACGAGGGUGGUGACAGAAAUGGCAACCAGUCUCUGGCAGGGGAUGAUAACCUACGUAAAGCACAGCCCCUAGAGGAGGCAGAAUAUGCCACACUUAAUCCUCAGUCCCAGGUCCACCGGCCUUGACAUAAUGAUUCAUCGACACAUCCUAUAACCUCCAUUCCGUGCCCGCCUUCCGACUGCCUACAACCCAAGACCGCACAAGCUUAGCCGGUGCCGUCGGAGCAAUAUCUGCGAGCAAUCAAGAUUUUUCGGGAGACGUGCUGAGACUCGACGCAGGAGGCUCCAAGGCAGCAGCGGCGGGGGCAGUUCUGUUGCGUGCAUCGGCAGCUGGACAAGAUGUUUUUGAGGUCAAGGUGAGACAAGGUCGUCCUCGUCAAUUUUGCCAUUGUUGUUGUUGUUGUUGUGGUUAGUGUCAAUCUCACACAUCAUAACUAUGUAGCUCAGUGUUCGUUCCAUUACCACGGAGGAAGACUAGUACAAUAUCGCUUCCAGCAAAGGCGGGGGCGUACAGGGAGGGGAGAAGGAGAGAGCUAGAGAGAUAGCUAUUGGCAACAUCAAAGAUCAUCACCGCCGGAGCUUCACGCAUCCAACACCUCACCUUUACUCGCCCCUAGCCUAACCUACUCCUGCAUGCUCACAAUGACCUCGAACCUACACUUCAGUAGACAGCAGCCAUCC